UCUGCGCUAAAGUGUAUACGUCCCUCGGAGCUCUUAAAAUGCACAUCCGCACCCAUACGCUGCCCUGCAAGUGUCAUCUGUGCGGCAAGGCGUUCUCGCGUCCGUGGCUGCUGCAAGGACAUAUCCGCACCCACACGGGAGAGAAACCCUUCUCCUGUCACCACUGUCGCCGUGCUUUCGCCGAUCGUUCGAACUUACGAGCGCAUCUCCAAACGCACUCGGACGUGAAGAAAUAUUCGUGCACCGGAUGCGGCAAGACUUUCUCUCGCAUGUCGCUGCUCAGCAAACACCUGGAAGGUGGGUGCGGCGUCGCCGGAGCCUCGCCUUACGAGUAUCGUCCGGACGCGCUGCCCCAACCCCACAUGCACCAGCCCCUGCCCCCGAACGCGCCGGUGCACGCGUACUGACAAGACUGACCCUGCUGUUAUUUCGAUCUCGUAGCCUAGAUACAUUUCUGUUACAUUCUUCAGGUUCUGCAACAUCGUCUUAUUAUUAAGAUUAAAUUAUUUUUGUACAUUAUAUAAAAUCAAUACGUGUGUUAAUAUUUCGUUGAUAAGCCGCAGUGCCGUGUGUCAUUAGAUUACUUAAAUUAAGAAGUAGAAAGUAAGUUAUUGUAAGUGAUGUAGAUAGUUCAGCCGCUUCGAGGCGGAGUCGCUAGUCAUGUGGCAUUUGCCGAAAAAUUCUAUUUUUGAAUCCUAAGCCAUGUACAAAGUGCCUUAAUUAUAAAUGAUUAAUAUAUUAUUGGAAAAUAUAUAACAGUAUGUCAUAAGACGCUACUAUGUUUUAAGAUAAGUUCAUGUUAGUACCUAUUUAUGAGGCUGUAAUAUUUAUAAAAAACUAUUGCCGUUUUGCGUUCCUUUCUGUUACCUCCACAUGCAGAAAAUAAAACA